UCCAGUGUCCUGGAUCUGGGGCGGUCUCGACCAAGAUUCGGUGCCUUCAACUCCCACCUGAUAUCUGCAUAUCAGGGCAUCCCGCUUUUCUCACAGUUUCCCAGGAGCGCAGCUCCCUUGGCUAGUUCCAGAGUCGCAGUUUUGGUCUGAUAUUGUAGCCCUACCCUUCCUCUAGUAUUGCAUUCCCACUCCUCUCUUUCGACCUGACGUUGUGGCCUUUCCUGUGCUGCACCUCGGGUAUUUCUGGCUGGGAGAGCAAGGACACAAGACGCCAGGGAGCCAGACUCCUGCCAUAGGAUAUGAGUAGGAGCCUGAGCUGGUCUGAGCAGCUUGAUGCGCUUCUCAAUGCUACUGAUGGAAAUGUGGCCCGGAUUAAGCAGCGGCUGUAUCCCCUUGGGGUCUCCACCGCAGCUGGGGAUCUGGCUGGGACUUGGAUUUCCCAUCACUUGCAUCCCCAGUCAGGAGUUCAAGCUCAACAGCCUUGGUAUCAAGAGACUCCCACUGUCCCAGAGAGGCUGAGAUGGGCUGGGACCUACAGUCCCUCCUCUCUCUGGGAUGAAGUUACUAUUCUCCGAUCCCAGCUUCAAUCUCAGGCUCAGGUGACUGAGGCACUAAGACAGGCUGUGCAGGGCCUACUGGAAGAGCAAGAGCAGCAGAAGUACCAGAUCAGUACUCUGGAAGCAUCAUUAAAGUUGCUGCAGAGAGGCCCAGAGGGGAGGGCCCUUCUCCUGGAGCAACACCUGGAGAGGCUGAGAAGAGAACUGGAGGGUCUUCGGUACCUGGUGCAGGAGCAGGCCCAAGCCCAAGCCCAAAUGCGAACAGGACCAGGAAAGUGCAGUACUACCAGUGUUGUUCACCAGGAGCUGCAGACUGAGCGGCAGCUGCUGUGGGAAGAAUCAAAGAUUCUACAGGAGUUAAAGUUGCUGCGGGACCAGCUAAGACCUCCAUUCAUGUCCUCCAGUCUAGGCUACCCCUGGCCACCACCUUCGCCAUGUCUCUUUUUCAAUCUAGCUCUGAAGUCAGCCUUCUGGACAGAAACAGUAGCUUCCCAGCUACUUUUAAGGAAGCUAGGUGGGGAUUUCCAGAGGAGCACCCUUUCUAGCCUGGAGCCCAGCAGCUUCCAGCUCGAUGCCCAGAGUUUUGAACAAGUUCCUUCAGGGCUCCAAGAUGCUCCUGAGUGACCUGUAAGGAUUUGUAAAAGUAGUGGGAUGAAGCCUUCUUUGCCCACCCUCCCCUUCAAGGCCCUGUUUCUGGGCCGCCUGCCCCUCCCCUCUUGAUCUAGCUGGUAUUUGCCCUCUUUACUGAGGCUUCUCACUGCCUGCCAUCCCUGUCCCCCAACUGCAAUAAAAUGGUUUAACCCUC